CCAACAAUCUCUUACGCCGUCUGCCACGUUCACCUCCAUCUCUCUUUCCACCCCUCUCGUUUCCGCCUGUAGACAUUGACAGCAAUGGCAGAUCCCACAAAGGCAGAGACGGAUGCCGUCUUCAAGGUCCUCAGGGCCCAGAAGGCGAACAAGAUGUGCUUCGAUUGUCAGGCUCGCAACCCGACGUGGUCGAGUGUAACGUACGGCAUCUACAUCUGCCUCGACUGCUCCAGUGUCCAUCGCAACAUGGGCGUGCACAUCAGUUUCGUCCGAUCGACCAAUCUGGACAGCUGGCAACUCAACCAGCUGCGCACGAUGAAGGUCGGCGGGAACGCCUCUGCGACCGAGUUUUUCUCCCGCCACGGCGGCUCGUCUCUCCUCAGCGACUCGGACACGAAGAAGAAGUACUCCAGCAAAGCCGCUGAGCUCUACAGAGAGGAGCUCGCCAAGCGCGUGAAGGAGGACGUCUCCAGAUUCCCCGCCCGCGUCUUCGUCGAAGGCAUGGACGCUUCCGCCUCCGCCACACCUGCCUCCUCUGGCAUCCAAGAAGAAGAGGACUUCUUCUCGUCCUGGGACAAACCCGCCGCUGCAAAAGCCGCCCCCGCCAAAUCCUCACCCGCCACCUCCCCUCCCGCCAUCGGCAAGCCCCCGCGCACCGUCGUCCCCGCCAAACCGCGCACCGUCGUCUCCCCCACCUCCUCCUCUGGCAGCGUCCCCAAGCUCGGCGCCACGCGCUCCACGUCGACGACCUCGGCGCUCGGUGCGUCGGCGGCGGCGAAGAAGUCGAAGCUGGGCGGGCUGGGCGCGAAGAAGGCGGUCGCGCCGAUCGACUUUGCGGAGGCGGAGCGGAAGGCGGCGGAGGAGGCGGAGCGGAUAAAGCAGCUGGGGUACGACCGCGAGCGCGAGGAGGCGGAGGAGCGCCAGCGCAAGGAGGCGGACAAGGCUGCGCUGGCGGAGAAGGCCAAGUCGUUUUCGUCUUCGUCCGCUGCUGCGGCAUCGGCGGGCAGGGCGGUGCCCGGGAAGGUGGAUGUACAGAAGGGGAACAGUCAGGAUCUGGAGAGGCUCGGUAUGGGGUUCCGGAAGCUUGGGUUCGGGGGUAUGCCUGCUGCUGCGUCGCCGGUGACUUCUUCGCGGUCAAGCCCCGCGAACGACAACGCGCCCACGACCGCGCGCGACAAAUUCGGGAACCAAAAAGCGAUCUCGUCAGACAUGUACUUCGGGCGGAACGACUACGACGCCGCGUCCGUCUCGGAGGCGCAGACGCGGCUGCAGAACUUCCAGGGCGCGACGUCGAUCUCGUCGAGCCAGUACUUUGGGCGGAGCGAGGAGGAGGAGGAGCUCGAGCGCGCGCUCGCGGACGGCGGGCUGCUCGGGGACGGGAACCUCGCGCACCUCGAGGUCGCCGCGCGCGAUGCGUACGCGCGGCUGAUGGCGAACCCGGAUGUGCAGAAUCUGGGGGAGAGUAUACGGUCUGGGGCGCUCAAGCUCUCCGAUUAUUUGGCGCAGAUGUCGCAGCAGUAGACUUUUUGCUCGACCUCGUAAUACGGUACUGUGUGUAGUGCUUUUGAGUGGUACAUCAGGUCUUUUCCCUAUACUCUACUCUAGAGGGUCGAGGGAAAUUGGG